AUGUAUAUCUUGGCUGCCACUGACUAUUUCUCUAGAAGGGAUGAAGUUGUGCCAUUAAAAGAGGUGAAGAAGGAAAAUGUUGUUAAUUUUAUCAAAUCAAACAUAAUUUUUAGGAAUGACAUACCAAGAUGUAUAGUUACUGAUGAUGGAACACCCUUUAACAAUAAACUCGUGAGUAGUUUGUGCGAGAAGUUCAGUUUUAAGCAACAUAAGUCUUCAAUGUACAAUGCACUUGCCAAUGGUCUUGCUAAAGCUUUUAACAAGACACUUGGUAACCUGUUGAAGAAAGUAGUUGCAAAGAAUAAAAGAGAAUGA